CAACAGUCCAUCCUCCUGCGAGACAUCAAGUCAAAAAAAAUUAGGUAGGCCAACUUGUAACUUACUUUUACUAGUGACAUUGUAGCAUAGAGUGUCACGCGUUAAAAACUGUUAUUCGGCAGGGCAAUAAAAAUACGUUUGAAGGAAGAACAUUAUUCAAGAGUAGGCUACAUAGACGACAAUAAUGACGUGGGAAUCAUACAGCAGAGAAACUUUCUGGAUCCAUUUGCUGUUCAGGUUUCUGCUCUACUUUCACCUGGCGACCGUGGUUGGAGCCAAUGGAGACAUGGCCCAUCCUCACACCCCCCUGACCGCCACCGCCACCGACCCCCACCUGACCUACUACUGCCAGGAGGGUGCCAACGUCACCCUGCCAUGUGCCCAGAGAGGGGACAAGCUGCAUCACUUGGACCACCUGCCUCAAAGAUGGCUCUUCACCCCCCACUCAAAUGACCAUUGCGGAAAAAAAAUGCACCCCCGCGGCCACCUUCACCAAGGCAAUCAUUCCCGUGCGGUGCUGCCUUGGGGGGUGCAUUACGGGGCGAACGAGAAGUCUUUCUGGGUGCAACUGCAGUUUGUCAACAAAUCGGACCAGGGGCGUUACUGCUGCCUCUCCCACCAUCACAAAGGGUUGCAGUUUACACAUAGAUACGUCAUUCUCACUGUCACACCAUGGAAACAAGGCGAGGCGAAAUGUACUGUAUUGGAGAUCAAGGCACAAGAAGCGUCAGUGACUGCAGGCGUGGCCACAGCCGCAUGCAUCAUGGCUAUUCUCACUCUGCCCGUCAUCCUGGUGUUAGUGUACAAGCAAAGGCAAUCUGCCCAGUCCAGCCGACGUGCACACGAGCUGGUGAGAAUGGACAGUGAGGCUGCGGGUCAUGAGAACCCGGUGUUUCUGGGGGGCUCACCCCCGGGCCAGGCUAAGACCAGGACUGUGUCUCAGAUCAUGACCAGGCAGUCCUCAGAGACUGGCCGCCACCUGCUUAUGUCCGACCCUGGCACCCCCCUAUCUCCUCCCGCACACGGAGUCGUCUUCUUCCCAGAACAGGAGCCCGUCCUAGAGUCUCCUGAGUUCCUGCAAGUGUAGCGAGAAGCAGUCAAUGGCUCCCUAACCCGGAAACUCCUCGUGGUUAGAUAUUUUUCUUCACUCUUCCAUGUCACCAAAGCUAUGUCACCCUGAAGCCUGUCUCACAACCUUCUGUGCUGGGAGAGCUCUCUCUCUCUCUCUGUGUACCGCGUCAUGGAUGGGGGAGGGAAGGAGGGCACAGUUUCUUCUAAAAUAAAUGUUCCACCUGCAACAACAGCCGGAGGAGGCCAAAGGGGGCUUGUGUUGCAGUGGGGGCCUGCUAAGUAUGUGACGCUCCGUCUGACCACUGAAGACAGCUCAAGGACCAGCAGGUGCUCCUGAUCUGAUGUCCCAGGACUGUACUGAGGAGGAUGGGUGGAGGGGGGGGCUACAAAGCAGCUCCCGUGGACUCUUGAUGACAUGCUCCUCACCAUUUCCCUCAUAGAGAUUUCCCCCAUAUAGAGCCAGUUCCCGGACACAGAUUAAGCAUUAAUCUAGACCACAAACAGUGUUAAUUUUGUUGAAAAAAUGUUUUUCCAAAAUAUUCGUCAACCACCUAUUUUUCAGUGGCAAUUGACGAGACUAUAACUGACUACAUAGACACAGAAAAAACUAUAACUAAACAAAAAUGAUUUUUCAUUUCAGUUGACUAAAACGAGACAAAACGAAAUUCUCUGAUUUAAAAUCUGACUCCUAAGUGGACUGGACAAGUGUUUUUGGAGAGAUCAAGCACUUUUCAGUGAUGAGCACAAUGAAAUAUUAGCAGCACAGAUGCACAGUGCAGUUCUUUUCAGCAGUGGGAAGGAUGCACCACACACAGCCUACAUCAGCUGGUGAGCUACGGGGGAGCAAGCGAUGAGUGUGGGCAGACAGGCUUUGCUCCAGCUCCGCCUCUGAUUAUACACAUCGCACAGGCGACUCUCUUGAUUUCCCAUAGCUAACCAGUCACCACCAGCCUUCUAGUUAGCUACCCUUUACCUGGUUAAGAAACACAAGCUGCUUUACGAAAUUUUAAACAACAGCAGUAUUGAGUUUAAUAGUAAAACAACAGUCUAGCUAUGUUUUUCUCUUCCUUGAGUAUAGAAAAGUAGGCAGUUUUUUUGAAUGUGUAGUCUCGCGCAACCCUCCCACUUUCCAUACUGCCUUUCAUAGCCAGGUUCUGGAGCCAGGUCUCACUCUUUUCCUCAGAGAAAACGCUUGAUGCUAGCCCUUACUGUUCAAAAGAUAUGACCCGGCGCUACAUUUUUUAUGUCUAUCAUGCAUUGGCGGGCUGCAUUUUACAUUCAGAACACAUAUCGCGGGCUGUUCUAAAAGUAGGCUACUUGCGGACCGGACCGUUAACCAUUUGUUUAGCUUUGUUCAGUCAUGUUACCUCAUUAGCUAGCUAUAGCUAACAACCUGGGGCACGUUCAGCAGGAUGCAACUUUUUGGAACGUUCAGAUAGAAAUAUGCUAUGUAGAACAAACAUGCAUCUCUGACAUGUUGAAUAAAGUCUUCUCUUUCUAUCUGCAACAUUCAAAAGUUUUGCAACUGAACGUGGCCCUGGUAACAUUUGGUGGCACAGAAAGAAAGGAAAAGGGAUAGCAAACAAUUUAUUGACUAAAUUCUUCUUGCCACUACACUACUGGCUCUCAAGGUUUAGUGACUCUACUACUUCACUGGGCGAAAUGGUCAUUAGCCCCCGUUCUACUUUUGGACAUCAGUGUGACUGCAUUGAUAACAAUGGCAAUGACACGACCGAGUGACAGAGGUGCAACCCAUGGCACUUUGCGUCACCAUCUGGUGAUUUUCUCUCUAUCUCUCUCUCUCUCUCUCUCUGUGUGUGCAAUAUCUAUGUAGCCUGAAUUAGGAAUUUACAUGGCCAGAUAAUUCUUAUGUUUGUCAUUUCUGCUGUUGAGAAUAGGAUGGUAUGCAGAAAAAUAUGUUGGUAGGUCAAGACUAUAUAUGUUUGUGCACAUGGAAGUCAGUGAUUUAUGUUUACUAUAAGUUAAUGAGGCAAUACAAAUGUGAUGUGACUAAAAUGAAAGGGCAUUUAGUUUACUAAAAUGUUGACAAUAACUAGACUAAAUAAUUAUUAAUAUAGUCAAAAUUAUUAAGACUAGACUAAAUCUAAAAAAGAGGGCCAAAAUUAACACUGACUAAAAAACAUGUUCAAUGGAGAUUCUCCAUUGAAAGUGCUUCUUAGUCCAAGACCAUAAGCUUUAUCUGUGUCCCGGAAACUGGCCCAUAGUGUUCUAUUUAUUUCUAUGAUUUCCCCCUCUUCCUAUGGCUCUGAUAUGCGUAUUCAGCACAUUUGCUUGUGCCAAAGUGAUCAAGGUAGUAAGAGGUACACAUUGGUGGGCUGACAGUAGUCUUUUAAGGCCAUUCCCAACCAGCCUUAAACAAUUGCUCGUAAAAACGUGUUUCUCUGAGCUGUUUUAACAAGACCAAAGCCCUACUUUUAUUUAUCUACCCUUCCCAGUAUUGUGUAGUUCCUCUUUCCCCCUCUAUAUAUUUCACUACCUAAAUUACUACGUUUCUGUAACCCCCCUCCAUCCCUUUCCUCUCCCUCAUUCCCUCCCAUACACAUCCCCCCUCCCCCCAUAAUCCUCAAAUUCCCUGCACUUAACAAUGUCGUAACAAUGUCCAAAUAUUCAACCAGUACUAGAAAAUGUCAAAGAAAGAUUAGAGAUAUGUGGCUAUGCUGGAUGGUCUGUUUUUGUAGAGAGGUGUCUAUUUUGGCUCUCCUGUAGUGGAUGGAUCUAGUAACCAAACUCAACCAGCCGAAUGCCUUCACUGCCAAGAUGACCAACGUGUCUUAUUACAUGGUGUUGUUAUGUUUACUGUUUUGUGAUUUCUUUUGGCAUAUUUUGUGUUUGUAGCUACUGUAUGUACAAUGUAAAUAGUUAGAUAAGUUUGAUUAUUUGUUUGUGCUCAUUUCAAAGGGAUGUUCAUGUCAAAGUGAUAUACUACUGUAUGUAUACAUAAGUUAAUUGAAAAGCUGUUGACCAAAGAACAGUCAGACAGAGAAGGACAGUGAAAGUAUAUGAGUGAAGUCAACUAAACUGGUAUUUCAGACAUUAUGUUUAGAUUGUGUCUAUGGUAGUUAUAGCCACUGGUGGCUAUCAUAUACUACUGUAGAUGCUAGAUAAGGGGUGUUCAGUGAAUUGUAAAAUAAGAAAAUACACACAAAAAACACCCCGUAAUAAGUAAUGUUGCAGUGAGACAGGGUAUUGUGUAAGUAUUUUAGUUCCUGUGCAGUUGCAUUUGUGUGUGUGUGUGUGUGUGUGUGUGUGUGUGUGUGUUUGUGUAAUAGCCAAACAGCUGCAGCUUUGGCAACACCAUGUGAAAUAAAGCCUUUCAUAAAAACUUAAUUAAAUAAAAUGUGAUAUUUCUUUCUAUAAUAAAACUGAGCUCUUA